AUGACCGUAUACCUGGAUCAGGUGAACGGCACGAAGGCCCUCACAAAGAUGCCACAACUGCGCCAGGCUCGCUUCCGGGACCUCAGCCGUGCGUGGAGGCCCGGGCAAGUCCCGCCACUGGAGGAACCCACGGUAGCUGCAAACGAUGAUCACGAGCGGCAGUGGAUGCAGCAGGAGCAGGAGGAGCCGGGGCAACCACCUGAGGAGCUGGAGCAACCGCCUGACGAUGCGGAGCCGCAGCCACGGGAGGUGCAGCCACAGGUGGAGCUGCUGGAGAGGGAGCAAGACGCUGCAAGGCUCUCUCCUCGUGUAUCGCCGCUGAGACAACACACUGCAUGUCCGCAAGGGAGAUUGGCUGACCAUAUGCCGCGCCGCCGCCAUAACCGCGACUUCCCGCCCACCCCCCACGACCGCCACGUUACGCAUGCCAGUCCGCCUGCGAACGGUUACGCCGGGAAGAAUCACGACGGCGCUGCGACGACUCCCGCUCCUCACGGGGCGCAGGAGAAUGCGCGAGAGAGGAGCGUUGGCCCAGCUGCUGACCCACAGGUGCAGCAACAGGCGCCGCCUGGACGGCCCCCACUGGCGCCACAGUCGGGCUGGCCGCCAGUGGUGGCGGACACCGCCAUUGGCGACGAACCAACAGCCGCGUCGGGUGCAACAGGGACAACAAUGGCAAGCAGUGCCGCAAUGAGUUCAGGCACGGGUGGCGCAACACCAGGAUCGGCAACGGCAGGCGGCGCCUCAGGACUUACAAUGACAGCCGGUGGACCAGGAGCGGAGGGUGCGGGACCCGUGACAGCAGCAGGAGGGCCCGGCUCAGCAACAGGGGCAGACAAGGCGGGCAGGAGAGACGUCGGAGCCUCACACGACAUGAGGUCUGGAGUCGGAGUCGCAAAGACACCAGCGACCGAUGGCGCUGGCUUCGGGGCAGGGGGGACUAGUGGCUUCAUUGCAGCACUCCCCGAGGCAGACACCGGAGGUGACCUUCCGCUCGCCGCUGACGCAGCGGCAGCGGGCUUUGGGGAUGGCCACGGGUCACCAGCAAUCACCAUCGCGAGGCGGGAGGAGACAAGGAGCAGGAUGCCGUGA